UAUUUUCAGAAUAAGGUACUUUUCUACGAGUGUAGCGUUUUCGCAGCUAAAAGCUAGUGAUGAUAAUCUUUUAGUUAUAUUAACUUUUGUAAAUUGGUCGUUUUCCGCAGUGGAAAAAGUCGCAAAAACAUUCAUCCGGACGUGUAGAAGUGCAAUAUCCUAAAAUAAUCUUAUUUGAAGCAUUAUAAUGCGUCCAGUUUUACAGUCAAAGCGGAUGGUGAGCGAUGGCGAGAGUACGGUGAUAGAUUUUUGGUGUUAAAUUUUGCUCCGUGUCAUCACCGACUUAAUCGUCGACUACGUCUAAGAAAGACAAAAACCAUUUUGUUUCGCCGUUUUACGUGUUAUUAUAACUAAAUAUUCGAUUAUCUCGAAGGAUUGAUGAGGAAAUAAUAUAUUGUCAUUGACUGACCGGCUGAUAUUACACGAGGCUUGUAUGUAUAUGUGACUUCUCCCUGCUGCUAUUCGUGACACGCCUCAGAAAAUAAAGAUAAAUUUGUGAAUCGAACUGUUCGUUUUUGUUAUUGUGUCAUUUUAGUGUUAUAGUUGUUUUAAAAUUACGUAACUAUUGUGGAAUCUUGAAGUGUAUAAAGAAUGGCCUGAGUGUGACCAUUCCAUUACCGUCAUGUGUGACGAAGGAAUGUUUGUUUAGGCUCUAAUAUUGUGCUGCGACCUUACGGGAAGUGCGCGUUCGUCUCGUGAACUGGGUCGGAUCAUGAAUCUGCCCGAAUCAAAACAAGUUACGCAUUGAUCGCCGUCUACUAUUGUCAUUCGGGACACUUAUAAACUAUCAAAAUGUCUUCGGGAACGUUUGUGGACAGGAUCGAUCCUUUCGCGAAGCGAUCUCUGAAGAAGAAAACGAAGAAGUCGCAAGGCUCGUCACGGUACCGCAACACGCAGGACGUGGAGCUGCAGGCGCUGCCGCUGCUCAAAGAUGUCCCUAGCAGUGAGCAAGAAGAGUUGUUUAUACGUAAACUGCGGCAGUGCUGUGUAGCAUUUGAUUUCAUGGAUCCCGUAGCGGACCUGAAGGGGAAGGAGAUUAAGCGUGCUACUCUCAAUGAGCUGGUGGAGUACAUCACUGGCGGCCGCGGGGUGCUAACUGAACCUGUCUAUCCAGAAAUUAUAAAAAUGAUAUCUGCGAACCUGUUCCGCACUCUGCCGCCGAGCGACAACCCCGACUUCGACCCGGAGGAGGACGACCCGACCCUGGAGGCGUCGUGGCCGCACCUGCAGCUGGUCUACGAGUUCUUCCUGCGCUUCCUAGAGUCCACCGACUUUCAGCCCACUAUUGGCAAGAAGGUCAUUGACCAGAAAUUCGUCUUGCAGCUGCUAGACCUGUUCGACUCGGAGGACCCGCGCGAGCGCGACUUCCUCAAGACCGUGUUGCACCGCAUCUACGGCAAGUUCCUGGGGCUGCGCGCCUUCAUCAGGAAACAGAUCAACAACAUAUUCCUGCGGUUCGUCUACGAGACCGAACACUUUAACGGUGUCGGGGAACUGUUAGAAAUAUUGGGAAGUAUAAUCAACGGUUUCGCGCUGCCGCUGAAGAGCGAGCACAAGCAGUUCCUGGUGAAGGUGCUGCUCCCGCUGCACAAGGUGAAGUGCCUGUCGCUGUACCACGCGCAGCUCGCCUACUGCGUGGUGCAGUUCCUAGAGAAGGACGCCACGCUCACCGAGCCCGUCAUGCGCGGCCUGCUCAAGUUCUGGCCCAAGACCUGCUCACAGAAGGAGGUGAUGUUUUUGGGCGAGAUAGAAGAGAUAUUAGACGUGAUUGAGCCUGCGCAAUUUGCGAAAAUACAGGAGCCCCUCUUCAGACAGAUAGCAAAAUGCGUAUCUAGUCCACACUUUCAGGUUGCGGAGAGGGCGCUCUACUUCUGGAACAACGAGUACAUAAUGUCGCUGAUGGAGGAGAACAACCACGUGAUCAUGCCCAUCAUGUUCCCGUCGCUGUACCGCAUGAGCAAGGAGCACUGGAACCAGACCAUCGUGGCGCUCGUCUACAACGUGCUCAAGACCUUCAUGGAAAUGAACUCCAAGCUCUUUGACGAACUCACCGCCAGCUAUAAGGCGGAACGGCAGAAAGAGAAGAAGCGCGAGAAGGAGCGCGACGAGCUGUGGAAGCGGCUGGGCGAGCUGGAGAUCAGCUCGCGCGGCGCCGCGGUGGCGCCCGCCAAGUGAUGCGCUCCCUGUCACACGAGACACAAGCGCAGCCCUCCAGUGUUAGACUAAUACGCGAUCGAUUUUAUCCAAGUUAUGUAUUCAUAUUUUCUAUUCGAUUACAUUUUUGUUAAUGACGUUA